AUGGAGAUGUUUGAUAAUGUAAACAACGAGACGAUGUGGAUGAACAUCACUUACGAGCGGUGGUUCAUAUUGGCCGGUGUGUGCAGGAUUGAGACACUCCAACAAGAGUGCAAAGGCAUCGUCAAUGCUGUCCUUGCUCGGUGCGGAGAUGAGCUUGACAAGGGCUUGGCUUACAAGCACGGCCCAGACGACAGCAAACCACACUUCAGUGCUUUAUUACCCAAAUGUCUGACACGAUCUUCAAGCAACAGAAGGAAAUCGAUCGUCUUAAGCAUCGUUGACGAUCAGUCUGGUGGUAGCCACUAA